ACUUUGAUAUCCUGGACUAGUGUUCAAUUGCUCAAAAACACUUUGGUCUUAGUUAUUUAUAGGAUGUUGCUUAGGUGUGAAUCUUUUGACAUGAUCAUUCCAUGCUGCCAACAUUCCUAGGAUUCACUGGCUUGGCUCUCACAUAACUAAGGUGAACCAUAGUUAACAAGCCAUAGCUGAAGCCGAGGCACUGGGCAGAAAUUCACUUAAUAUCAGAGCAGCCAAACCUUGACAACCAUUUCCAUUGUUGGCCCCUCUUCAUGGCUCUGUAGCUUUUAGCAGUAAAUUCCUGCAUUCAAAUAUAACACAAACCCCUGGCUAAUGUCAAAUGAGGAUUACAAACUUUUGUUGACUUUUAAUAACAGACCAUAGUUAAACUGCUGGGUUAGUUUCACAGAUAUCACUAAGCCAUGGUUUAAUAAAACAUCAUUUAUAGAAAAAGGCGAGCAAGAGAUGAUAUGACAGACGUUUGCAAAACUAUGCAUGGCAGGAAGAAAGUUGAUAGAGGAAAGUUUUUAUCCCUCUCACACAACACGAAAUCUUGUGGAUAUCCAAUGAAGCUGGAAAAUUCAGGACAGGUAAAGAAAGGAAAGUACUUAUUUUACAUAGAUAAACUGUGGAACUCACUCCAGCAGGAAACAGUGACGGCCACCAAUUUGGAUGGCUUUAAGAGAGGUAUAGAGAAAUUAAAGGAGGGCAAGUCCAUCAAUGGAGGAGGAUGGAGGCUGUGCUGUGAGCAAUGUUCUGUCCUUACUUGCAGGAAACCACAAGAGUGGAGAGGAUCCGUUUUCCUGAUCCAGCAAGCUCUUCUUCUGUUAACCACGCUUUGGCGUUAUGUGCAAAAGAGACUAUGGUCUUUCCUGUGCCGAGAGAGGGAGAAGAUGGCCGCCGUGGGAAGUGGCGCCGCCAUGUCCUUAGCCCUUCCCUACCAGCCAGUGCUUGAGCAAGGGCCUCGGCCCGGAGAGAGAACAGGCGAGGAGGAAGGCGACGCAGCAGGCCCCAAACCCGACAAGGACGUCAACAAAAGAGCCAGGAAAAGCGUUCCGGCCAGCAUGGCGGCGGAGCUCCUGCGAUGGCCGGCGUCACAACAAGUCAAGCAGGAGCCGGGCGACGGGAUCCCGCAGGGCUGGGACGGUCCCUGGCAGGAGUUCCUGAAGGCGGUUCAGUCCCCGCACCCAGGCUGGGGCAACCCACAGCUGCCCGCGGCGUGGGAGGAGAGCAGCAAGGCCUUUGAGGGAGCCGCCGAUGCGUGGAUGUGGCCCCGAGGGGACUGGGCGGCCCGGCCCUUCUCGGGAGAGCUGCAGCCAGCCCCCCAACACCCUCCGGAAGGCAGAGAGAGGGGCGACGGCGCCAGCGGGAAAUUAAAGGCCGAGAGCUCAAGGCCAGGCCUGGUCAGCGCCGAGUCCCAGCGCCGGCGCUUCCGACAGUUCGGCUACCGGGAGGCCGAGGGGCCUCGCGAGGUCUGUGUCCGGCUGCGGGAACUGUGUCACCAAUGGCUGGAGCCCGAGCGGCACACCAAGGAGCAGAUCCUGGAGCUGCUGAUCCUGGAGCAGUUCCUGACCAUCCUGCCGCCUGAGAUCCAGAGCUGGGUGAGGGAAUGGGGGCCGGAGACCUGCGCCCAGGCGGUGGCCCUGGCCGAGGGCUUCCUGAGGAGGCCCCGGGAGCCCAAGAGGUGGGAGCAGCAGAUCUCAAAGCCUUUUCAGGAAAUGCCCAAGGCGGAGCAGGCUCCAUCAGAUGCGGGACUGUGGCAGCUGUACAGGGAGGCAAAGCAAGACAGCGAUGGCAGCUCGAUGGCAGGCGAUGGGUGGGCGAGCGAGAAUGAAGAAGAGAAACCUCGGAUGAGAUGUUCCGAGAAAACUGGGCCUUCCGGGUCGUACGGAGAGAACCCUUUCCUAUGUCCUGAGCAGUUGGGCUCCUUUGAAAACCAACACAAAUCAGAGAAUCCACACGACGUCCCCUUGGGAGACGGGGAGUGCAAACCAGUGGCCUGUCCGGGAGUUGUCCCGAAACUCGGCGACCUGGCAGCUCAAGAGAGGACCCACAAGGACCGGAGGAGGAAAGUGUGCACCGAGUGCGGGAAAGCGUUUGGCCGGAGCUCUGACCUCCUUAAACACCGGAGAACCCACACGGGGGAAAAACCCUUCCAGUGCCUCCACUGCGGGAGAAGCUUCAGCGACCGCUCCAACCUCAUUGCACACCGGAGAAUCCACUCAGAGAAGAAGCUGUACCAGUGCUUGGAUUGCGGCAAGAGCUUCUGCCAGAACUCGUACCUGGUCCGCCACCGGAGGACCCACACGGGCGAGAAGCCCUACAAGUGCUCGUACUGCGGCAAAGGGUUCAGCGACAGCUCGAACCUGGUGGUGCACAAGAGGACCCACACGGCCAGCGACAAGCCCUACCGCUGUCCGGAUUGCGGGCGGAAGUUCAGCGAGCCCUCGCUUCUAGGCCGGCACCAGCGGAUGCACGCCAAGGAGAGGCCCUACAACUGCUCGGACUGCGGGAAGACGUUCCGCCACCGCUCGGAUCUGGUCCGCCACCGCAGGACCCACACGGGGGAGAAGCCCUUCAAGUGCCUGGACUGCGGCAAGGGCUUCAGCCAGAGGUCUCACUGCAGCACCCACGAGAGAACUCAUACAGGGGAGAAACCGUAUACAUGUUUAGAGUGUGGAAAGAGCUUCAGUGAACGUGGUACCCUUACCUCGCAUCAAAGAACUCAUACAGGGGAGAAACCGUAUACAUGUUUAGAGUGUGGAAAGAGCUUCAGUGUCAGUGGUACCCUUACCUCGCAUCAAAGAACUCAUACAGGGGAGAAACCGUAUACAUGUUUAGAGUGUGGAAAGAGCUUCAGUCGAUGUGGCCAGCUUAGUACGCAUCAAAGAUCUCAUACAGGGGAGAAACCGUAUACAUGUUCAGAGUGUGGAAGGAGCUUCAGUGAGAAUGGUGCCCUUACCUCGCAUCAAAGAACUCAUACAGGGGAGAAACCGUAUAAAUGCUUGGAGUGUGGAAAGAGCUUCAGUCACUGUAGUGCCUUUAUCUUGCAUCGAAGAACUCAUACAGGAGAGAAACCGUAUACAUGUUCGGAGUGUGGAAAGAGCUUCAGUCACAUUGGUGCCCUUACCUCACAUCAAAGAUCUCAUACAGGGGAAAAACCGUAUACCUGUUCAGAGUGUGGAAGGAGCUUCAGUCGGAGUAGCACCCUUAAGUCGCAUCAAAGAACUCAUACAGGGGAGAAACCGCAUACGUGUUUGGAGUGUGGAAUGAGCUUCGCUCACCGCAAUGGGCUUGCUAGACAUCAACAAACUCAUCAAGGCAGCAAACCUUAUAAAUGCUGGGAAUGUGGCAAGAGCUUCAGUCGCAUUGACAACCUUUCCUCGCAUGAAAGGAUUCAUACAGGGGAGAAACGAUAUACAUGUUUCGAGUGUGGAAAGAGCUUCAGCUACAGUUCCAGCCUUACCUUGCAUCAAAGAACUCAUACAGGGGAGAAACCGUGUACAUGUUUAGAGUGUGGAAAAAGCUUCAGUCAGAGUAGCUCCCUUAAGUCGCAUCAACGAACUCAUACAGGGCAGCUUCCGCUUCCUGUCCCGCUUUUGGCGGGGUGGCAGAUGCCGGUCAUGGCGGCGGCUUUCCUUCCUCGCGGAGGCGCUGGAGGAGAUGUUGAAGGGAUGCUGGCAGAAGGGGAACAAUCAGAAGUGUCACCCAAAGAAUCCAAAGAGCAAAGGAAGCUGAGGGUUCAAGAUGGAAGCCGAAGGCGAGAAGGGAGACGAAAGCAGAAGCCGGAGGGUGACUCUUGUACGUCUCAGGGUGGUGAAAAUCAAAUUCCUAGAGAGGAGAAAAAGCAUGAAUGCACCGUGUGUGGAAAGAGAUUUGGUCGUCGCUCAACUCUUACUUUACAUCAAAGAGUACACACAGGGGAGAAACCGUAUACAUGUUUAGAGUGUGGAAAGAGCUUCAGUGAACGUGGUAAGCUUACCUUGCAUCAAAGAACUCAUACAGGGGAGAAACCGUAUACAUGUUUAGAGUGUGGAAAGAGCUUCAGUGUCAGUGGUAACCUUACCUCGCAUCAAAGAACUCAUACAGGGGAGAAACCGUAUACAUGUUUAGAGUGUGGAAAGAGCUUCAGUCGAUGUGGCCAGCUUACUACGCAUCAAAGAUCUCAUACAGAGGAGAAACCGUAUACAUGUUCAGAGUGUGGAAGGAGCUUCAGUGAGAAUGGUGCCCUUACCUCGCAUCAAAUAACUCAUACAGGGGAGAAACCGUAUAAAUGCUUGGAGUGUGGAAAGAGCUUCAGUCACUGUAGUGCCUUUAUCUUGCAUCGAAGAACUCAUACAGGAGAGAAACCGUAUACAUGUUCCGAGUGUGGAAAGAGCUUCAGUCACUCUGGCCACCUUACUAUGCAUCAAAGAUCUCAUACAGGGGAGAAACCAUAUACAUGUUCAGAGUGUGGAAGGAGCUUCAGCCAGAGUGGCAGCCUUAGCUCGCAUCAAAGAUUGCACACAGGAGAGAAACCGCAUACGUGUUUGGAGUGUGGAAUGAGCUUCGCUCGCAGCAAUGCGCUUACUAGACAUCAACAAACUCAUCAAGGCAGCAAACCUUAUAAAUGCUGGGAAUGUGGCAAGAGCUUCAGUCGCAUCGACAACCUUUCCUCGCAUGAAAGAAUUCAUACAGGGGAGAAACGAUAUACAUGUUUCGAGUGUGGAAAGAGCUUCAGCCACAGUUCCAGCCUUACCUUCCAUCAAAGAUUGCACACAGGAGAGGAACCGUAUAAAUGUUUGGAGUGUGGGAAGAGCUUUAGUCGUGGUAGCUUACUUACAUUGCAUCAAAGAACUCAUACAGGGGAGAAACCGUAUACAUGUUCAGAAUGUGGAAAAAGCUUCAGUCAGAGUAGCUCCCUUAAGUCGCAUCAACGAACUCAUACAGGGAGGAAAUCUUAGAAAUGUUUGGUUUAUGGAAAGAACUUCAGUGACAGGGGCUCGCUUCCUAAACAAUAAAGAACUCGUACAAGGGAAACAUCUUAGAAAGGGUUGUCGUGUGGGAAGAUCUUUAAUCAUAACAAAUAACUCCUACAGAGAGUAAACCAAUGAUCGUGUUCUGGUCCCCCCAGGACAGCCAUUAUUGUAUUGGAAGAACUUUCUGACAGUAAGAGCUGUUUUGACAUUGGAACAGUCUCCUUCGGUGGGAGGUGGGCUCUCC